CCCGCGCCUCCCCGCCCCGUCCGCGCCCGUCCGACCCGGCCACUGAGGCAGUGCCGCGGCGGGACCCGGAACCUGUGCCAGCCGAGAAGCGCCGCGCCGCUGAGCGCCCAGCAAUCCGAUGGGGCCGCAGCGGCCGCUGCUCACGGCCGCGACCGCCCUGCUCUGGGGCUUCCUGCUCCCGCUGACAGCUGCUCAGGAAGCAAUCCUGCAUGCGUCUGGAAAUGGCAGACCUUUACCAUCUAAGGACUACUGCAUGCUAUAUAACCCUCAUUGGACGGCUCUUCCAAAUACCCUAGAAAAUGCAACUUCCAUCAGUUUGAUGAAUCUGACUACCACACCACUAUGCAACCUUUCUGAUAUUCCACCUGAUGGAAUAAAGAGCAAAGCAGUUGUAGUACAGUGGGGAACCUGCCAUAUUCUUGAAAAAGCCAGAAUUGCACAAACAGGAGGUGCUGAAGCAUUGUUGGUUGCCAAUAACAGUGUCCUAUUUCCUCCCUCAGGGAACAAAUCUGAAUUUCAUGAUGUGAAAAUACUGAUUGCAUUUAUAAGCCGCAAAGACUUUAUAGAUAUGAAGCAGACUCUUGGAGAUAACAUUACUGUAAAAAUGUAUUCUCCAUCAUGGCCUAACUUUGACUAUACUAUGGUGGUUAUUUUUGUAAUUGCUGUGUUCACUGUGGCAUUAGGAGGAUACUGGAGCGGACUAAUUGAAUUGGAGAGCAUGAAGGCAGUGACAAACACUGAAGACAGAGAAAUGAGGAGAAAGAAGGAAGAAUAUUUAACUUUUAGUCCUCUAACAGUUGUAAUAUUUGUGGUCGUGUGCUGUGUUAUGAUGGUCUUACUUUAUUUCUUCUACAAAUGGCUGGUGUAUGUUAUGAUAGCAAUCUUCUGCAUAGCAUCAGCAAUGAGUCUGUACAACUGUCUAGCUGCACUCAUUUGUAAGAUACCGUGUGGACGAUGCACGAUUAUAUUUCGCGGCAAGAGCAUUGAAGUGCGACUUAUUUUUCUCUCUGGACUAUGCAUAGCAGUAGCUAUUGUUUGGGCUGUAUUUAGAAAUGAAGAUAGGUGGGCUUGGAUUUUACAGGAUAUCUUGGGGAUCGCUUUCUGUCUGAAUUUAAUUAAAACACUGAAGUUACCCAACUUCAAGUCAUGUGUGAUACUUCUAGGUCUUCUCCUCCUCUAUGAUGUGUUUUUUGUUUUCAUAACACCCUUCAUCACAAAGAAUGGCGAGAGUAUCAUGGUUGAACUUGCAGCUGGACCUUUUGGAAACAAUGAAAAGAAUGAUGGAAACUUGGUGGAAGCCACUGCUCAACCCUCAGCUCCCCAUGAGAAAUUACCAGUAGUCAUCAGGGUACCAAAGCUGGCCUAUUUCUCAGUAAUGAGUGUGUGCCUCAUGCCAGUUUCAAUACUGGGUUUUGGAGACAUUAUUGUACCAGGCCUGUUGGUUGCAUAUUGUAGAAGAUUUGAUGUUCAGACUGGUUCUUCUUCUGUAUACUACAUUUCCUCCACAAUCGCCUAUGCUGUUGGCAUGAUACUCACAUUUGUUGUUCUGGUGCUGAUGAAAAAGGGGCAGCCUGCCCUCCUCUAUUUAGUUCCUUGCACACUUGUUACUGCCUCAGUUGUUGCCUGGAGACGUAAGGAAAUGAAAAAGUUCUGGAAAGGUAGCAGCUAUCAGGUGAUGGACCAUCUGGACUAUGCAACAAAUGAAGAAAACCCUGUGACUGCUGGGGAACAGAUUGUUCAACAAUAAUACUAUGUAGACCUGCAAUAAUGUGUCAGUUGAUUUUCUACGAAUAGAGUUUGACUUUUUAAAUUGACUUUUGAAUUGACAAUCUUAAUGAAUCUUCAGUGAUAUGCUUGCAAAUAUAUAUUUUUAAAAGCUGGUACUGACAAUUACAUCAAAUAAUUGAAACACAUUUGCUUUUAACUAUGUUAAAGUUGUGCCUUCACAUUAAAUAAAAGCAUAUGGUCUGUGUAA